AUUCGACUUUGGUAAAAGAGGAAGAAUAUUAAAAUAAAAUUGUUGCUUAGGUACUGCUAAUUCUUGCAAAGUAUUUUAAUCAGCAAGCUGGAAGUCCUACAAGUGACUCGCGAGGAGCCCGAGAUGACGACCGUGGCCAAUAGGCAAGAGCAUGACGAUUCUGGGGAGUAUUCGGAUGCAUCUCAGGAUAUAGAACAUAACAACUCGGGAAAUGACGCUGGACAGCACGAAUCUGAUUACGAUUCCCAGGGCAGUGAUUCUGAACACUCUGAUGGAGAUCCAGACAAACAGGAGGCCGAAAGACGUGUUGAUGAUGAUGAAGACAGGAGUAAUCCUCAGUACAUCCCAAAAAGAGGCACAUUUUAUGAGCAUGAUGAUCGAACUGCCGCAAGUGGCGAAGAAUCCAGUAACACGACAUCAGAAACGGUGUCUGAGAAGAAGGAGGGCCCCGAGACGCCGGCCGAGCGCCGCCGCCCGCCGCGCAAAUCCGAGACCCUGAACAAGUGGUCACACGACAAGUACAAUGAGAACGAACAGAUGCCGAAAUCUCGCGACGAGUUGGUAGCGAUUUACGGCUACGAUAUCAGGAAUGAAGACGCACCACCCCAUGCGAGGAGAAAUAGACGUUACGGGUACCGACAUUGGCGACGCGGACCCAACAAGUACACUCGCACUUGGGAGGAUGAGGAGGCUUACAAGAGGCAGGCAGGCGCCCAGCCGCCCAAGAAACCGCCCAGCCCAGCUGACUUCCCCGAGCUAGGUGCUGCCAAUAAACCAGGUAGGCGAAUGCGAGCCCCACGACCGAGGUCCAAAUCUCAACCUACAUCCAACGACUCCUCGGAGAACGGGUCCCAGUUACGACGCAACGCCUCCAUCAAAGCCACCAAGCCGAACAAGCCUAAACCAGUGAACAAACCGGUCAAACCGAUGAAAGAUCUUAAUAUACCUCUCGAGAAUCUCACUAUAACCACUACGGUUAAUAAUAACAGCCCAGGACAGCCACAAAGAAAGGUGAAUUCAUCGAUUGCACAGCAGAAGCCAGUGCCUACUGAGCAGGUGAAGAAAAAAUUAACACCUUCGCAGACUGCACCACAGAAUAAUGCAGCACAGAACAAACCGCAAGUGCCGUCGCAGCAGAAACCGCAGGCGCCCAAGUCGCAGCAGCAGCCGUCGCAGCAGCCGCCCGCUGCAGGAGCAGAAUCUCGUGGUGGAAGUAAGAGGUACAGUAGCUUGCGACAGCGGCCGCUGGCGGAGACGUACUCGCCGCAGCAGCAGCCGCAACAGAACUCGCAGCAGCCCCAGCCACAGACGCAACAGCAGCAACAUAGAUUCCACGCUAAUGACUACGUCGCCGGUACUACCCCAGUCACACAACAUCAGGGCAGUCCUGGACCCAUACAUCCACAGCAGAUGAUGCACCAGCAGCAGGUCCACCGCAACUCGGUGUCGCAGGCCCCGCACGGGCCGUCGCCGCCGCACCAGCAGCUGCCGCAGCCGCCGCACAAUCAACCGCAGCUGCGACUACUAGAGCAACAGCAGAUCGUGUCACACCCUCACCACACCUUACACAAUAUGCCACAGCAGCACUCUAUAGGUCAAAUACCACCUGCACAAGGGUACGCGCCGCCUGCGAUGAUGCCGGCUCAGUACAUGCAGCAAGGGGGUAACAACGCCGUGUUCGCGGGCGCACCGAUGUACCAGCCGCCGGCCGCGUACGCGCCGCAUCAGCUGUACCAGCAUCAUAACUAUGCGCAGGCUGGCGGCGUGACGUACUACAGCUGCGCGGAGCAGGAGCAGCCGCCACGCGCGCAGCGCCGCCCCACCGCCGCCAUACCCAUCGUGCGACCCGCCGCGCCGCAACCGCCGCCCGCUAACGCUGAGAGAUCGGCGAAUUCCUCAGACAAGGACAUAGACAGGAUCGUAGAGAACAUGUUCGUCAGAAAGCCGUACAAGUCGCCGAACGAUGGAGGUGAGUCAGACGCAUCGAAAGACAAACAAGAGAGAAGUUCACAGGAGCCGCAAAGCAAGGAGUCCUCCCAACCUAACAGUCUUACCUCCAGCUCCAUAUCUACAGACUCCAAACUCGCCGACAGAACGGAACAGAGCGAGGAGAAAGCCGACAACAAGGAGAGUGAGGUUGUUAGCACAGAGACUAUAACGACGGAUGCCUGACUGGUAAGGAUCAAAAUGUACGAGUGCUACCAAGCGAAGUACUGUAGCCGGAGGUAAUUCUUGGGUGGCUGAAUCUGUGAAACGGACUUUUGAAAUUUCGAAUGUGUAAAAUUUUUUUUUUGUUAUUUUUAUGUUGGCGCCACUGUUUACUACAGAGUAGACGUUCUCGGUGCCAUCUUGUUUUUUCUUACUUGAAGCAACUUUUAUUUUAGUACUUUAAAAUUAAUUUUGGUACAGUUAAGUAUCUUGUACUAUGUUCUGUUGUCGGUUAUUUAUUAUUUAAUUUGUUUGCUUAUGUAUAUGUGACGAAAGUGUCGCCUGUACUUUCAAAUGUAUUGAGGAUGAAGUAAAAAAAAGAAUAAUCUUUCGUGAAAAGAGUCUAAAAUCUUUUGCUGAUGUGUAGUGUAAUAGAAUAAGACAUAAGUACAUUAUAUUAUAAUGUUGUCGUGUAUAUUUAUUGUUUUCAUCAGUCAAAAGCUAGGUAUAUUUCUAAUUAUUCUAAAUUCGUAUUUAAAUAAAGAAGACACUUGUAUAAUCUAUUAGCACAAUUGUCUCUAUACGCGAUGCGACGGAGUUGAGUCUCUCAAGUCUCAAGUCUGUGGUUCGCUUAAGCAUAGACGGCCGCACCAGAGAUAAUAUUUAGGCUGCCUUCACAUUAAGUCGCGA